AUGCAAUCAAUAUUAAGUUAAUGUGCUACUCUUGAUGAGGAAUUUGUAAUUUUGGUUCCAAUAAUAGAGACUAUGGUUUAGGAAUUGUCUGUGGUAAGUAGAGAAUUCGUUAGUUCUAAAUUGGAAUUUCUUAAAAAAUACUCAAUUUCACUUAAAUCAAGUUAGAUUGAUGCUCGAAUUCAUCGAAACCAGCAAACUCGCAAUCUCAUUGAAUAUGUAAAAAUGCAUAGACAAUUAAAAACUAAAUCAGUAAGUUAAAUUUGUACAAAUAAACAAAAAUAGAAAUUUACUACUGAUUCUGGAUGUUAUUCUAUACAAAAUUGCUUUUCAACAUCUUGUUCAACUAUAUAAACAACAGAAUUUAAUACAGUCUCAUAUCAAAAGAAUAAUAAAAAUAUAACAAUAAAAACACUUAAGCAACUUAUUACAAAAUAAAAAAAACAUUAAUAAAAAACAAAUGAAUAACUUUUUAGAUUAAUUAAUAAAUGUAUGAAUUUAAUAUAGGAAAAUUAACAUCUUUAUCCCCAAUACCCAAGCUUAUUAGAAGAGUAUAAGAAUAUACGAAAAAAUAAUUCAAGUUUAGAAAAAAAGUUGAAUUUAGAGAAAAAAUCCUAGUAAGUUAAAGAAAAUUUCAAGAAGUUAAUAUAAAGCUAAGAAUUAUUCAAAUCUUACUUAAAUUCAGUCAUUUGA